AUGGCGUUGGCCGCCUCAUGCAGCGCAACCACGUCGGCGCAGAAGUCGCCGAUCCAGGCGCGUAGCCGCUCGGACGACGGCUCGCUGGUCUUCAAGAUCCUGCAGCUCGCCGAUCUCCAUAUCUCGGGCAACCCGCUCAUCAUCUGCGGCUUUAGUGUGCCCACUGGCAUGGCCAGCGAGAACUGCACCGAAGCGCUCACCUACGAGUUCAUCGAGCAGUUGGUCGACCUGGAACAGCCUGACUUCAUCGCGUUCACGGGAGACAACGUGCACACCUACCGUCCGAGCCAGCACCAAGUAGCUAUUGACACCGUGACCAAAACAGCCGAGGAGCGCGGCAUCCCGUACGGGAUGGUGUUUGGCAACCACGAGGAAGAAGGGGAUUUCCCGAGGGAGAAGAUCGUCGAAAUGGUGGCAAAGAAGAACUAUUCCUAUACGGAGAGGGGGCCGAGGAGCGUGGACGGCGUUGGCAAUUACAUGCUCAACGUGACGGCACCAACUGCAGGCGCUUGGGGGCAGGCAGGAGACACUGUGCUUCGGAUGUACUUCUUGGACUCGGGGGCAAAGACGCUAAUGGACCAGUACUCGUACGUGUUUGCAGAGUACGACUGGAUCAAGCAGAGUCAGAUCGACUACUACCGACAGCUAUCGGAGACUGGACGCUCAGCGAGACACAUCAGCUCGGACUCAGUCCUGCCUGCUCUCAUGUUCUUCCACAUUCCGCUUGCGGAGUACGAGUAUGAAGGCGACGAGUGCAAUGGCGAAAGGAAUGAGUGGGUGCAGAGACAAGGCAUGAACAUGCGGCUACUGUCGACUUUGUCCGAGAUGAACGAGGUCAAGGCGGCAUUCGUGGGUCACGACCACCUGAACGAGUACUGCUGUCUAGUGGAUGGUGUACAGCUCUGCUAUGGCGGUGGUGCUGGCUUCGGGCGAGCGUAUGGUGACGCGAAGUUUGCUCGGCGAGCUCGCGUGAUCGAAUGGACUGUUGAUGGCAGUGAGCGCCAUGAAAUUCGCAGCUGGAAGCGGCACUACGGUGAUACCAACGUCAAGCGCAGCGAGGAAGUGCUGUAUUCAGAGCUAUAG